CACUCUUUCUCAAUCUCCUUAAUUUGCAAGGAAUUUACUUGUUUCAACUCCCGAUCAUUCCCAACAAUUACCAUCAAUUAAAAACUCUCAUCCACUUACAUUCUUCAUUGAUUAAUUUGAAAUGGAAAAGUUGCAGAAAAAAAAAAUAUAAUUUUCUAGAUCCAAGCUGCACAGAGUAGUGUAAUAAGUUAAUAACACACACUUUGUACCUACCAAGUACCAACUACACAAUUUAGCCCACAAUCAAAACCAAAAAGAAAAACAAGAAAAACCCACAAACUUCGUCCACAGCCAAGAGUUUCCAAAUCAUGUCCAACAGACAAAAACCCUUCAAUUCCAAAAGGCUAUCUAAUUUAGAACGGGAUGAUUUAGAAGAUCAGUGUAAAAGCACGUCCUCUGAAUUAGACGAACAAUCUUAUUUGUAUUCGACACCUCCAAGGAGCCACCUAAGGACUACUUCAUUACAUACGUCUUCUUUUGUGGAAGUUUCUCAAUCAAACUUUAGUCCUUCGCCUCAAGUGCAAAAAGUUUUGGACCAUUGCUUCACGGCACCUGUGCACCGAAAGCUCUUUCUUGAGAGCCAAGAUACCUCGCCUAUGAGGCCUAUGACCGAGAGAAGGGGUAGUCCGAUGCCUUCCCGAAAGUUGGAUAGACUUUCAGAAAGCGAGAAGAAAAAUUUAAUUGUGAACUUAGUGAAGAUCCAAAAAGACGGGACGGUGGAGGUUGAUCUCACUCAGGAUUCUCCAGUAGCUUCCGAGCUAUUGGAGUUCCAUCCAGUUGAUGAAUUUUUUUCUAGUGUUGAUUAUAUAACGGCCGAUCACAAUAAGUCGAUUCCAAAACUAAAGAUUGCCAUGCUUGUAGUUGGAACUAGAGGAGAUGUACAGCCCUUUCUAGCCGUAGCAAGGAGACUACAGGAAUAUGGUCAUCAUGUAAGGUUGGCAACUCAUUCCAACUUCCGUGGAUUUGUUAAAGCAGCUGGUGUAGAUUUUUACCCUCUCGGGGGUGAUCCUCGUGUUUUGGCUGGAUAUAUGGCCAGAAAUAAAGGUUUAAUUCCAUCAGCACCUGGAGAAAUUUCUGUUCAACGGAAACAAAUAAAGGCGAUUAUUGAAUCUCUUCUUCCAGCAUGCACAGAGCCAGAUCCAAUAACCGGCGAACUUUUCAGGGCUCAGGCAAUUAUUGCAAAUCCUCCAGCUUAUGAGCAUACAAAAAUGCAAUNUCUUGGUGUUCCCCUGCACAUCUUCUUCACAAUGCCUUGGACGCCUACAUAUGAUUUUCCUCAUCCAUUGGCACGUGUGCCUCAAAGUGCAGGAAACUGGCUCUCCUAUAUUCUUGUGGAUUUACUGAUUUGGUGGGGCAUAAGAGGACAUAUAAAUAACUUCAGGAAGAAUAAGCUGAAACUUGCCCCUAUUGCAUACUUCAGCACGUACCACGGCUCGAUUUCUCAUCUCCCAACAGGCUAUAUGUGGAGUCCUCAUGUUGUGCCAAAGCCGAAAGACUGGGGCCGACUGGUUGAUGUCGUUGGUUACUGCUUUUUGAAUCUGGGGUCUCGGUACCAACCGCCCGAUGAAUUUGUUCAAUGGAUUGAAAACGGAACUCAACCUAUUUACAUUGGAUUUGGAAGCAUGCCGCUGGAGGAUUCGAACAAAACCACGAAUAUCAUUUUGGAAGCAUUAAAGAACACAGGACAAAGAGGAAUAAUCGAUCGUGGGUGGGGAGAACUUGGCACGCUCCCCAACAUCCAUCACCUUCGAAAAAUUCUUCCGAAUAUUUUCUUCACNUCGAAACAUACAUUAUUUGUAUUAAAAAUUGUGAUUCGUGAAGGUUCAUCACGGUGGAGCUGGAACCACAGCAACUGGACUAAAAGCCGGGGUAAUAAAUAUUCAUCGACAUUUUCCCAACAGUUUUUGUCCUUUAAUCCUCCAAGUGAACACUUCAUUUCUUUUCUUUUCCUUGCAAUUGGUUACAACUUACAAAUGAAUGACGAGAGAUUAUAUAUAAAAAUGAAAAUGCAGUGUCCAACGACCAUUGUGCCGUUUUUUGGGGAUCAGUUUUUUUGGGGAGAGAGAAUACAUCAGAAAGGGCUGGGGCCCGCCCCAAUUCCCAUAUCGCAACUUAGCAUCGAUUCCCUUUCGGAAGCUAUAACAUUCAUGCUCCAGCCAGAGAAGGAAGAUGGCGUGGGGGCUGCAGUAGAUGCGUUUCAUUGCCAUUUGCCGCCAGAGGUACCUUUGACGACAACGCCACCUUCAGAGAAAUAUGACAGCCUAAAUCCUCUGCAGUGGAUUUUCCUUCAGAUUGGAAGAGUUUGCAGCUUAGCUUGUGGUUCUUAA